CUUUUUAUUGUAUGAAUCUUUUUCUUUACAACUGCUGACGUGUCUCCUGCUGUCGCUGCAGUGGACAUAAAUAGUAUUUUUUUUUUUGUGCUUGUAAGUGUUUUCUCUGAUCACUGCUGACAUGAACUCAAAUAGGUAUUCCACUUAUUCUGCUCUUACUUUGUCUCGUGAGUGAUUUGGAUGAAUUUAAACCUCUUACAGCAAUCAUUUGGCUUUUUACAGACAUGAGGAAACUCUCUUUCACACGCCUCCCAGUGAGGUGUAAUAAAUCCCUUACAUUUUAACUAAACCUUGUUGUGCAUGUUGGGAAAGUGGAGUUUGAACCUUAUGAUGUGUAGAAGACGAUUCAAGACAAAAGCCAGAAUACAAGGAUUGUCUGAGGGAUAUUGCUGACAUGCUGUACUGUUUGGAUGCAAGGCAGACCCAUGGUAUGAGACUCAAGAAGACAAAUUACUGAAAGAUGACCUUCAAACAAGCAACUGGUGAAAGAGCACCGACAACCAACAUGCCCCCAACCCAGAAGCCCUCCUUUGGGAGCAGCACCCUGGUCACUGUGGAUAUUGUGGUCCUGGUUGUCUACUUCCUGCUGAUUCUGGCUGUGGGUUUCUGGUCCAUGUGGAGAACGAAGCGCAGCACAGUGGAUGGAUACUUCUUAGCUGGCAAGAGUAUGACAUGGUGGCCAGUUGGGGCCUCACUGUUUGCCAGUAACAUUGGCAGUGGACAUUUCAUCGGUCUGGCCGGGUCAGGAGCUGCAGCAGGAAUUGGGGCGAUAGCUUACGAAUGGAAUGGAAUGUUUAUGGUGUUGCUGCUCGGAUGGCUCUUCCUGCCCAUUUACAUUUCUUCUGGGGUUACAACCAUGCCAGAAUAUUUGCAGAAGCGUUUCGGUGGAAGAAGAACGCAGUUAUUUAUAGCCGUCCUGUCCCUGUUUAUUUACAUCUUUACAAAAAUAUCGGUGGACAUGUAUGCAGGUGCUGUGUUCAUCCAGCUUGCUUUGAAAUGGAAUAUCUACCUGGCCGUGGUGCUGCUGCUCGCGGUGACUGCCCUGUACACUGUAGCUGGCGGUCUUGCUGCAGUUAUCUACACUGAUGCAGCUCAAACUGCAAUCAUGCUGGCCGGAGCUCUCACCCUCAUGGGUUUUAGUUUUGUUGAGGUCGGAGGUUGGAAUGCGCUGAUGGAGGGAUAUUUCACCGCCAUUCCCUCGGUCCGUGUCCCCAACUCGACCUGCGGCAUCCCUCGAGAUGACGCUUUUCACAUAUUCAGAGACCCGGUGCACUCUGACCUGCCCUGGCCUGGUGUCAUCAUCGGCAUGUCCGUCCCCUCCAUGUGGUAUUGGUGUUCUGAUCAGGUGAUUGUGCAGCGCUCUCUGGCUGCAAAGACUUUGACCCACGCUAAGGGGGGGUCUCUUCUGGCUGCAUACCUGAAAUUUCUGCCUUUCUUUGCCAUCAUGCUCCCCGGGUUGAUCAGCAGGAUCCUCUACACAGAUGAAGUGGCGUGUGCAGACCCUGACCUGUGUAAACAGAUUUGUGGAAACUCAGUGGGCUGUUCAGACAUUGCAUAUGCCAAACUGGUUAUGGAGCUUCUCCCUGCAGGUGAGACGCUGUUUCUGCCGUUACUCUCCCUCUUCCCCAACUUCCUUUCACACAGACAGUUCCCUACUUGCCACUCUUCCUUCUCAGGACUGCGAGGACUAAUGAUGGCGGUGAUGAUUGCUGCUCUCAUGUCGUCUCUGACCUCCAUCUUCAACAGCUCCAGUACCAUUUUCACCAUGGAUUUAUGGAAGAGCUUCAGAUCUCGUGCUUCUGAAUGGGAGCUCAUGAUUGUGGGGCGGGUGUUUGUGCUCGUCCUGGUGGCGGUGUCAGUGCUCUGGAUUCCUGUCGUCCAGGCCAGUCAGGGUGGCCAGCUCUUCAUCUACAUCCAGUCCAUCAGCACCUACCUGCAGCCCCCUGUAAGCAUCAUCUUCCUCAUGGGCUGCUUCUGGAAGAGGACUAAUGAGCAAGGUGCCUUCUGGGGUCUCGCUAUUGGUCUCACAGUGGGCUGCAUACGCAUGUUGUUGGACUUCCUCUACCCUGCACCACUGUGCUUUGAAGAGGACGACAGACCCGGCGUGCUGAAAUACGUUCAUUACCUCUACUUCUCCAUGCUGCUGUCCUUCAUCACCCUGGCUGUGGUGGUUGUAGUCAGUCUGGCUACCGAGGAGCCCAGUCCAGAACAGAUAAGUCGUCUCACUUGGUUCACAAGGUUUGAUCCGGUGAAGCCAAAAGAGCAAGAGAUCCCAGAGGAACACAGAUGUACAGAAAGCAGAAAUGGACAAGCUGUCGAUCAAAGGAGAGACUCAGUUUCGUCUGUUACCAGUCCUCCCAGUCAGUCCAGGUUCAUGUCUGCCAUCUACUGGUUGUGUGGGAUGGAAAGACGAAGUGAGGCGGACAGCAACACUGUGGCCCCGGCUGCGCCUGAGCAGAUCAUCUGCACUCUGGAUGAAAAGCCAAGUCUACGGCACCUUGUCAACGCCAACCUCAUCAUUUGCCUCUCGGUAACGGUCUUCAUCAUCGGCUACUGGGCUUGAAGGGAAGAACUCUAAACUUUAUGAAAGUAUUCCUAUCCCCUCAGACUGUUUCACUAUGCAACCACAAACUUCAAUGUAUUUUAUUGGAUCCUUAUGGGAUAGACAAAUAUGAAUGAAAACAUUUUACAGCAUGGCCUGCAUUUCUAUUCAGCUCCUCCCCUUACUUUGACACCCCUAAAUUAAAACUGAUUGCCUCUAGAAGUUUGCCAAUUAGUAAACAGACUGGAGUGUGAUUUAAUCUCAGUAUAAAUCUGUUCAGUUAAUGCCUAAGAGCUUUAUUAGGGAACAAACAGGAUCAUAAACAGCAAGAAAGGAGGCGUGGCCUAAAGUUGUGGAGAAGUUUAAAGCAGGUUUAGAUUAGCUUUGAACGACUCAUGGAGAAGUUUAAUCUAUUACA